GUCGCUCUGAACAAGUCGGACGUGUGCUGGUGUGUGUUGGCGUUUUAACGGUCUCUAAAUUCCUCCCUUUUGCAGUGUGUGUGUGUGCGUCGUCGUAUUUGUGUUAGUGUGUGUAUAUUAUUUGAGGAAAAUUUAACAAAACCACCAACAACAACAACAAAUACAUCAUGAGCUGGCAAGAUUAUGUCGAUAACCAACUUUUGGCCUCCCAAUGCGUGACCAAGGCCUGUAUUGCCGGACACGAUGGCAACAUUUGGGCGCAGUCCAAUGGCUUUGAGGUCACAAAGGAGGAGUUGGCCAAAUUGAUAAGCGGUUUCGAUCAGCAGGACCUGCUCACCAGCAACGGUGUUACACUAGCCGGCCAACGGUACAUUUACCUCUCAGGCACAGAUCGUGUGGUGCGCGCCAAGCUGGGACGAAGUGGAGUGCAUUGCAUGAAGACAACACAAGCCGUGAUCGUGUCCAUCUAUGAGGAUCCUGUACAGCCCCAACAGGCCGCUUCCGUUGUAGAAAAACUUGGAGAUUAUCUGAUUACUUGUGGUUACUAGGAGAAAUAAAUCAACCCAUACCAUUAACCAUCAACAGGCAAAACCACAACAACACCCCCGAAAAAGCAAGCCACUAGCCGCAGCAGCCCACACCCACAAUUACAAUAAAAACAACAACAUAAGCAGCAAACUACAACAGCAACAACAACAGCAUCAACAGUAGCAGCAGGAGUAGCAGCAGCAACCACAACAACAACAUUAAUACAUUGGCAAUAGCAACAAACAGGAGCAACAUUUGAUAAGCAAAAAAAAAAAACUACAAUAAAACAAACAACUUUAAAUGAACUAAUAUUAAAAACUUAAAAAAAAAGAUGAAAGUAAUUAUUAAUAUACAUAAAAAAUAAAAAAAAAAAUAUAAAAAAUAAAGAGGAAGAAGUAAAAGAAAAGAAAACAGAGAAAACCAGACGGCCAAGUAAGGAAUUUUGCGGAGAUGAAGAAAAUGGGAAACGAAAGAAAUA